ACCAUGGCGGCCGCUGGCUUCAAACUCUGACGUGUCCCGCCGGGCCCCGCAGGGGAGGAGCGCGGCCGCUCGCCUGGAUUCCUGCCCACACUCGGCAUGGCGGCCAAGGGGCCCCGGCAGCGGCCUCGAGGGGGCGGCGGGGAUGCGGCGGCGGCGGCGCCCCCCAGGCAGCGAGAGGAGGCGCCCCCGCCGGCCGCCGAGGAGGCCAAAGCCGAGGGGUCUGGGAGCAAAGCAGGACACGUCUGGGCCCCCGAAGGAUCCACCGCUUUCAAAUGUCUGAUCUCAGCCAGGUUCUGCGCUGCUCUGUUGAGUAACAUCUCCGACUGCGAUGAGACGUAUAACUACUGGGAACCUACACACUACCUCAUCUAUGGGAAAGGCUUCCAGACCUGGGAAUAUUCUCCCGCCUACGCCAUCCGCUCCUACGGUUACCUGUGGCUCCACGCCUUGCCAGCUCUUUUCCAUGCCAGAGUCCUGCAAACGAACAAGGUCCUCAUCUUCUACUUUGUUCGCUGCCUCUUGGCCUUCCUGAGCUGCGUUUGUGAACUUUACUUUUAUAAGACAGUGUGCAAGAAAUUCGGGCUGCACGUCAGCCGCCUGAUGUUGGCGUUCUUAGUCCUCAGCACUGGGAUGUUCUGCUCAGCGGCUGCCUUCCUCCCCAGCAGCUUCUGCAUGUACAGCACAGUCGUAGCGAUGACAGGGUGGUACACGGAUAAGAUCUCUCUGGCGGUGAUGGGAGUGGCUGCCGGAGCCCUGGUUGGCUGGCCCUUCAGCGCAGCACUUGGGCUUCCAAUUGCCUUUGACUUCCUGAUACUCAAGAGAAGAUGGAGGAGCUUCCUGAAGUGGUCCCUCGUGGCCUUGGUUGUCUUCCUGGUGCCCCUCGUGGCGGCCGACAGUUAUCAUUACGGGAAGCUGGUGAUUGCGCCGCUCAACAUCGUCUUGUACAACGUCUUCACGCCGCACGGACCGGAUCUGUAUGGCACGGAGCCCUGGUCCUUCUACUUUGUCAACGGCUUCUUGAACUUCAACGUGGCCUUUGCGCUGGCGUUCCUGGCCUUGCCCUUGACCUUGCUCAUGGAGAGUCUGCUGCAGAAGUUUCACGUUCAGAACCUGGGCCGCCCUUACUGGCUGACGCUUUCUCCCAUGUACAUCUGGAUCCUGAUCUUCUUCAGCCAGCCCCACAAAGAAGAGAGAUUCCUGUACCCCAUCUACCCCCUCAUUUGUCUCUGUGGAGCUGUGGGGCUCUCGGCCCUCCAGAAGUGCUACCACUUUAUAUUCCAACGCUACCGCCUGGAGCACUACACCGUCUCUUCGAACUGGCUGGCGCUGGGGACCGUCUUCGUCUUCGGGCUGCUCUCCUUGUCUCGCUCCGUGGCGCUGUUCAGAGGUUACCACGGCCCUCUUGACCUUUACCCGGAAUUCCAUCGAAUUGCUACCAACCCCUCCAUCCACACAGUGCCGGAGGGGAGGCCGGUCCACGUUUGCGUCGGCAAGGAAUGGUAUCGGUUUCCCAGCAGCUUCCUCCUGCCGGAGAACUGGCAGCUUCAGUUUAUUCCAUCGGAAUUCCGGGGCCAGUUGCCCAAACCCUUUGCCAAAGGACCGGCGGCCACCCGCAUCAUUCCGGCCGAUAUGAACGACCAAAACCGGGAAGAGCCCUCCCGAUACUUUGACAUUUCCAAAUGCCACUACCUGGUGGAUUUAGACACGCCGGUGGAAACACCCCGGGAGCCGAGAUACGCUGCUAAUAAGGACGAAUGGAUCAGUAUUGCUUACAAGCCUUUCCUAGAUAGUUCCAGGUCCUCCAAGUUGUUCCGGGCCUUCUAUGUCCCCUUCCUGUCCGACCAGCACACAACGUACGUGAACUACACCAUCCUGAAGCCCCGGCGAGCGAAGCAAGUCCGGAAGAAAACGGGAGGCUAAGAGAAUCAGCCAGAAGGGUUGGCUUUCUGCUUCCGUAAUCCCCACCUCCUUCCCCCACAUUUGUACACAGAGGACAGCAGGGGUGCCAGGAAGAGAGCUUGUGAAGGAUUCCCCUUUGGCUGUUCGUUCUGCAGGCUCUUACUGGCGACACGAUCGGCCCGUGGCUGGGGGUUCUGUGCUUUCUCCUAGGCCGUCCCCCUGCUGCUCUCUUGCUAAAGAGGGGACAGGAGCAGAAGUCUGGGACGAUUUCCCAGGUGCGGCCCCGUCUCAAGAGAGCGCUACCUGUCUUUCAGCUGUUCUCUGCGCUGCAGAACAUCUCACUCGCUCCGGAAGGGGGGAGGUUCCUGUUUCUUUUCGGAGGGGCCUUCAAAAGAGAGACACUCACGAUGGCCUGCAGGAACUCCGAAAAGUCCCUCGGGCCUACGGACAAAAUUGGUCCCAAAACAGACCCAGAGGAGGCGAGCAGAACUUUGCACUUUCAGAAACAGAUGUCGUUAGUGGCAUAAUUUAGCAGGACGUGACUUUUGUGUAGGUGGCGUUCCUUCCCGCUGUCUUUGUCAGCACCUGCCACAAAGAGGGGUUUAGAAGCUUCAUCUAGGCUCUGUGGGAAAGGCCCGAGCUCUGUACAUUCAGAAUAUUGCAAAGAUGUCGGGGGAAACGCGAGGCCCUCCUCGGGCUUGUUUAUUUUGGGCUGUACUGUGUGAUGAAACUGUCUGUAACGUUCAUUAAAAAAUUAGACUUUGCCUCCUCCAAGCACAAUUUGACCAUGGACUGAAA